AUGGAAAAUAACGCUGUCGAAAGCGAUUUUGGUCAGGCGCUCGGUGAAAGACAAACUCGUCGUGUUUAUCUGAUCACUUAUUCCCAGGCAGAUUUGGGGAAAAUAGCAAAUUGCCAGGCGUUUUCAGAUUGUAUUCUUGAGGCAUUUUCACAAUCACAAGGAAAUCAAAAGGAUAAUACGAACCAUCCAGAACACUGGUCAUGCUGCAUGGAGGAACAUAGAGAUGGGGGAAAGCAUUACCACUUGGCUAUCAAACUAAGUGCACCAAGGCGGUGGAAAGCCGUGAAAAAUUAUGUAAGCAAAAAGCAUGGAAUUGCCUUGCAUUUUUUCGACCAAUCAUGUGGUUACCAUGUCGCCUACAAAUACGUCUGCAAGAACAAGCCAUUCACCAACGUAUUACACAGCCCUGGCCACCCAAAUUUACAAGAAAUUGGCUCACCAAAAACCAAACGUGCUUUCACACAGUUUUCUGAUAACGCGAAGAAAAGGAGAAUCUCAGCACCAACUAACAAUGAGAAAAUAAAGGAAAACCUACCAAGUUCUUCGAAACCCAAGAAGUUAUCCAACAUCGAUGUUUCUGAAUUUAUUGUCGCAAAUGAUAUUAGAAGCGAUAGUGAGUUAAUGGUCGUUGCAAAAACUCGUCAUUCUGAGGGCGAAAAGGAUUUGUACAAAUUUAUCAUAAACAAAUCUUCAAAGUCUCUAUCAGAACUCUUGGACAUGACUUGGAAAAUGAAUGACGAUUUCAAAAAUGUCCAAAGAGUGAAAGAAUCAAGAAUAUCAAUCCUUAUAGCUCAUCUCGAAAGCGAAUGUUUACCUUUGUGCAACGGAGAGUGGUUGGUGUGUGCAAAACAAGUCCUGCAACAAAAUGGAAUUAAUUUAUAUUACUUUGCUUCAGCCUUGCAUCAGCUUCUUGAGAGGGGAAGACAGAAGCGAUUGAACGUUUUGCUCAUUGGUCCCACGAAUUGCGGAAAGUAA